AUGGAAAACGGUGUUCGUCAGGGUUUGAUUCAGGAACCAAACGUGUCCUCGUGCGAGGAUAGUGAAAUCGAUUUGCUACCAAGUGCCAAACUGUUUGAUCUGAAGUAUGUAGACGAUAUUGUACUGUUACACGAAGAUCUGGGUAAGUUGAAAGCUUUACUGGAUCGUUUGAGUGAUAGUUUAGCCAUGUUCGGUAUGUGUUUUGCACCUUCAAAGUGUAAAAUGUUGCUACGGAUUGAGUUGAUCCAGCUCGCAACCUCGCAAAAACCGCUAAGUUAG